CUAAAAACCUGCUCGACCCCGAGUGGGUUCCGAGCGCGGGCUACGUCUACGCCAGCGUGAAGGCCAGAUGGUUCCAGACCAUAUUGGAGCACCUGGCCGACCGAUACGAUGCUGAGAUACAUCCCGCGCAAGCUGUCGAGACCUCCGUUGCGACCUCCACCAUUCCCCGGACUACCCUCCUUCCCAACCCACCAAGCAGCCAAGCUCGCACCUAACACCUCAGCCCAGCGCCGUCUACAAAUGCCAUUCAGACCCGCGCUAUGCUGGCCCACGCGGUUAUUGCGGCGAUGAUUGGUACGAGUGCGAACCGUGCAUGGUGCCCGUCGACGGCGACAAACCCCACAUGAUGAUUACCGUGCUCGAGCCGGCCGUGGCCCCGGAGGGCAACCUGCUCUGGAGCGAGUUCAACGCCAUCAUCGCUCUGCUGGAAUCGCGAAUUCGCAUGGGGCAAUUCACCGACCACCACACCAAGCCUGUAAGACCCUGUCCCAGUUCAACCCCCAAACCAGCCGGCUACUUAACCAACCCAUCCCACACACAGGUCCUGAUUAUCGCCUUCCAACGCGACACACACGCACGCAUCACGCAGGCCCACAUAGACGCCGAGACCAAUAAUGUCGUCAUCCGCCAGUCGCGCCAGCUUGAGCUGGUGGGCGCCCCCGGCGAGCCGCCCGCUGACGCCUACCUUCUCCUGCGCUGGAUGCUCAACUCCCCCGUGGGCGCGACCAAGUACGAGGACGAGGAACUGGCCGGCAAGGGUGAGCGGAAAAAGGACGUAGAAACGGGUAGGGCCGAGUUGCCUAUAGCGCACGAGCUGGUUGCUGUCGAGUCUGCUUCGUAGUCAGGGGCAGCGAUCGAUAGCUGAGAUCAGGGAG